AUGGCGCCAGUACCUCUUCCACCCGAUACCUUUCCAGCAGAAACUGGAGCAACCACCUUCACGAGUCUUCCCAAAGAGAUCCAAAUCAGAAUCUACAAAGAAGUCUUCAGCAAGAUCGAUCUUAAACACGAUGUCUUGCCACGAAUGCGAUGUGAGAAUGGUGGUGAUGUGGGCUCCGAACGGUUCCAUAUGAAAUUCACCCCUCGUCACCCUCUCGCUCUUUUGAGUGUCAGUAAGGAAAUCAAGCUAGAUGCUCAACCUUAUGCAGUCAACUGUCCAAUCUUUGUCGAGGGAAAUUAUCGACGAGGCGUGAACAGGAUAUCGCUCAGACUGCCUCUUCCCAUCCCUGCUCGCCGCCAGGUCUGCUCAUGGGUCAUCAACAAAAACGAUCGACCCUCCCGGUUCAUCGACUUCGAUGGGCAAGCGAUGGGGAUGAAUGAGUAUCCGAACUUGCGUUACGUCGAGUUUGGAGUGCUUGCAACCUACUUGUAUCUGUCCACCAAUGACAUUCAGACGCUCGUCGAGGGGAACGCAUCUGAAUCCGUGAUGUCGCGCGACGACGUAUGGCAUUUUGAGGUCAGGUUUUCUAUCCCGCUAGGAGCUAUGAUUCGAGCGAAUGACUGCACGGUUAAACUUCGAGUCUGGCUCGUAAAGGCCCAAGCCUGGUCCAUGGGAGACCACGUUCUCAAUAGCUCUGGUCAGAGAAUGACGGCGGCCGCUGUCUGGAAUCGACAGGGCAUAAGACUCUCGGACGUGAUGCCCUGUGGGCCAGCCUGCAGCGACGAGCCGAGCGACCUUUUGGCGAGACGACGAGUUUGUGGAUAG